UGGCGCAAAACGCUUCAGAGUGGUGCGAAACGCUUCAGAGUGGUGCGAAACGCUUCAGAGUGGUGCGAAACGCUUCAGAGUGUGUCUCCUAAGUACCAUUCUUUCAAAGGGGAGGCCACCGCCCUCCUUGAUGUUUCUGUCUUUGGUGAUAAACCACCUCAAAUCCGCCAGUUCCUUCAUUUAGAAGAUCCGUUCCCAACCUCAGUUUUAGUUCGCGCCAAAGGCAUGAAGCCAUAUUGCGUUUACUGUAAAAAGAAAACACACUCACGUAGAGACUGUGAGAUCCUGAAAGCUCGCCGUCAACGCCAACGCACGCCAUGCACCAGCUGCGGUGAACUCUCUCACCUUUUACCAGCCGACGUCGCAUGUCCUAACUACCAAUUUCCUGAGAUCCAACCUCAGCGCCCCUCAACACCAGUUCCAAGCACCCCACCUGCUACUUCACCAGCAGUAACCACUAGCAACAGCGACGACACACACAUGUACGACCCGAUUCGUGGAACAUCAUUGCUCGACAGCAAGCAUGCACACACCCAGCAACAGCAGGAUCCGCAAUCACCCUCGUCCGUCUCCAGCGCCAACAUUGCUCGCCAAACAUCAGCAGACACCGAGGACACCAGGGUCUCACCUAGCACUUUCCUUCUACCACCUCCUGCCGACAGCAACACCCGAGACUGGGCGACGAUGAUGGAAGAAGACGACGAGCAAGCGGACAUUAGUUCUGAUAAAUCCGACGACACAGUUAGGCUAGUCAGCGAACUGUCUUCAACAACAAACAUGGAAGAGGAUUCGAUGCCGCAACAGCGCCAGCGCAAACGAUCCGUUCAAAGAUGUGCCCGAUUAACAUAGCGACUUCAAGAGAAGUUCUGAUACGUCCUUGAUCCAUCC